UUGCAGCGCAGAGGCACGCAGACGUGAAGCUAAUUGUCACUGUACCAUGGCCAAGCAGAGUAAGCGAAGUAGCGCCGAGGAGAAGCAGGUUUCGACCAAGAAGGCGAAGCGGGAUAGUAAGGUGCAGUACACUGGCUGGGAAGUGCCGCAUGCCAACUACACCCUGGACUCGGUCAACGUCGGCGACUUGACGCCAGAAGGGUUUUACGACACAUACGUCAAGACCCGUCGACCUGUGGUCAUCAAAGGAUUCCUUCAAGACCCGUCGUUUGUGGCCCCAACGAAGUGGACCAACGCGUACUUGACGCGUCAAGCAGGCUCCCAAAAACUGAUGGUCGAAGAGCGGGCGUCGACGGCCGACUCGUACGGCCAAGGCAACGAAGUGCCCAUGACGUUCGCCGAGUUCAUCCGUCUCUUGGAAGCCAAAGACACGCUGCAUUACCUCACGACGCAGGACGUGGAAGCGGACCCCGAGACCGACCGGCCGCAGUUGAUGGCGCCGAUUGUUCAAGCGCUGUCGGGUGACUUUCCAGUGUCGCCGGCGCUCAUGGGCAAUUUGAUUCCUCAAAACAUCAACAUUUGGAUGGGAAUGUCCACGGAGGGGUCGACCUCGGGCCUCCAUCACGACUACCACGACAACCUGUACAUUUUGCUGCGCGGUCGGAAGCGCUUCCGGCUGUACAGUCCUGGGGACGUUGACUCCAUGUACACGAGAGGAACGCUGCUAAAAGUCCACCCCAACGGUCGCAUCAACUACGAAGGCGACGAAACCACCGCGUACGGCGCGGACUUGCACUCGGACCAAGCUGCGUCUGCAUUUUCAGCCCAGCAACGUGCUGAAAAGGAGCUGGAGGAAGCUGAACGAGAGCUGGCCAACAACGUCCCUGGGGCCGCCGAACGCGUGGCGAAAGCCGAAGAACAACUUGAAGCGGCGAUGGACGACGCCAUGGAAGUGGAAUUUGACGACGAUGACGAUGAUGGUGACGACGACGACAAUGCGGGAGCAGACGUGGAGGACGACACGACUCGUGUAGUGGACAAAACAGUCAAAGACCCCGUGAGCUUUAGCCGCGUCAAGACAAGUAGACCGAACGAUGACCUGCAGCGAGAGUUUCCACGGUUUGCAGACGCCCGCGCGGCGUUUUGCGAUGUGAACGUGGGCGAAAUGCUCUACCUUCCCGCGUCGUGGUUCCACGAAGUCGUGUCGUUCAACGGAGCAACUGACGACGGGCACUUGGCACUCAACUACUGGUACCACCCUCCGGAUGCCACCGACUGCUUUGCCACGCCGUACACGAGCCCGUUUUGGACCAAUGAUUACGCAGCCCGCAACCUUGCCGAGUCAUCUUCGUAAUCGACAGAUUUUGCAAACCGGUUGAAGCAUGUGUUUGACAAAACCGGAACAAACCAUCCGAUGAGAGAAACUCCGAGAAUUUAUGUACAUGUACUGGCAAACCUCCACGGAAAGGAAGCAAUACCCUUGGUGGCUGGCAUCCAGACCAGCCCUUAUUAAUAAUACCUGUGUUACUUGGAAUUACUUUUUCAUUUACUAAAAAUAUCUAGCCCUUACUGAAUUCUGCUUCUCCGUGGUGAUCACAAACUGCUUAUAAUAUCGCUUCGAUAACGCUUACUGUCUACUCUGUGACGAUAGGUCCAAGUGGGGCUGCAUACAUGUGCAACGCCGAUCACCUACCUGCAUACGCACCUUGGCUACACCAACAUUUACCAGUUCGUGUGUGAUGUACUGUACAUGACCGUGGUUGGGUGUGAAGUUACAAUAACGAGCGCAAUGCACUGUACCAAUGGUGGCCUCGUCUUGCGUCCAUGUUGAUCGCCAGCAUCGACGAACGGGUCCUCAGUUGCUUCGCUCCUUAACCUCCUAUAAAAGUUUGAGCAAUGCCUACAGAUGUCGAGUGCGACGUACCUGACACCCACCCACUGUAAGAACGAGUCGACCCUAGUCUGGUGGUAUAGUAGGCCGUGGGGUGGUUGCUCUGUGCGACCCGUCACCCCGAGUCGAGUAGCGCAAUUGGAGGUGCAAGUGUCUGGCGUGGUGUAGGCAGUGCAUGUGGGGCUCUUGUCUUCCGACAAUAUACUGGCGUAUUGCCUCAAUGCCACAGCAUUUCGGUGUGUGCCCUCCACACGCCAGCCGGGCCGUCAGAACCAACCACAGCAUGAAUACUUAGCCGUAGAAGUUAUCCGGAGUAGUGUAACGCUUCUUUGCAAACUCGAUAAAGGCAGCGCCACCUCACUAUCCGUAUUCAC